UUUCUCCUGAACUACUGGGUGUUUUGUCUUCCAUUGCAGCCUUCGUGGCGUUGAUGGCUCUGUUUUUUCUUUACCUCAGCAACAAACUGUCUGUGCAGAGUCCCGACAAUCUGUCACAUCUCAAUGGACAAAAGAACCCCCACCAAGGUACUCAACACAUUUACAGACUGGCCAUAUGAGCAGAAAUGCUCUCAGUUAUUGGUUACAAAAAUGCUCACAGCGUGGGGGAUUUACAGUUGCAAAGAUAGUCUGCUAUACCUGGAGAAAAUACAGAAGAGCAGUGACUUUGCAAAACCUCUAAAAUGAAUUAAAAUACCAGAAAUGAACUCGUCAACAACAAAACAGUCUCCUGUAUUAUAUAUAAGUCUGUAGUGUUUGCAAGACAGAAGUAUUUUCUUUCAAAGAUACACAUAAACUAAAAUCAACAAACGAGUAGCUUCACCUGAAGAAAAUUUAACGUCUCCACCCAGACUCCAAAACCAAAUCUUAAGUUUGGGGUAAUUUUGAAGAGAGUUGUGGGCAAGAAAGGUAAUCAAAGUCACAUAGAUUUGGCAAACAAAGUCUACAUCAACAAAUUAGUUUAAAGGUUGCACACCAGAACUACAUCGCUGUUGUAGUUUUUUAUUUUAUUUUAUCAACACCAAACUCUUUAUGGUUUAGUUUGGCUUUCAAUUGAAUUAACCUUUUAUUUCUCCCAUAAAAGGUGAAAACAUUUAGGAAAUGAUUUAUCAUGGCCUCAUUUGUUCAUAACACGAAAGCCUGGCAUCAAUUAACUAAUCAACUUCCUUUAUGCCAUUGGGUAGAUUUGGUUACAGUGAGGUGAGCCAGCUUUCUUAACAAACAGGAAACUUGUCAUAAACACAAGUAUAACAGGACUAAAAGUGGCCCAGUGCUUGGUACUUUAAAAUAUUAAAAACAAUGAAACAAAAACACUGAAAGCGGACUUAUAUGUAGAGCCCAAUUUAUAUUAAGGAGAACUUAGAUAAUGUGAAUUUUCUUAAAAUUCAGUUUCACAGCUAAGCAGCAAACAUUUACCCAGUGUAGGCUAUCUAUUAUCAACAAGCUGUUGAAUGCAUGUACAUACUGUGAUGAUGGCAUCACACCCUGCUAACCACCACAUGUCUGUGUCAGUGCUUCUGAUGAGGUAAUCUCGUGGUCAGCGUGUAAUAGAAUCCCCCGACUGAGAGAUGGCCUUCUUCAAGAGCUUCCAGCCGACCCUGCCGUCUGUCAACAUUUCUUCCAUCCUGGACUCCGUCACCAGUCGUGUGGAUGACCUGGCCAACGCAGUCAGCGAUGCCACAUAUGCCGUCAGCGACCAGCUCACCGAGCAGGUUACUACGAUCAUCAACAAGGUGCAGGAGGAGGAGGAGGGGGAAAACAGCAGGUGCCAGGAUGCUGCUCAGGCCUCCGGCUCGCAAGAGGGAAGGGCCGGUAAUAAAAGCAUGUGGCAAAUGCAGAGAAACUCAGACGCUGGCCAGACUGGGUUGAGAAACAACCAAAACAGUGACACAACGGAGGGGCAGAACUCCCAGAGUCAACUGGAGUGGGAAUGGAGGGACGGAUGCUGGCGAGUUAAAAAGACGGAGGCCGAGCUGGCAGAAGAAGAGAUGAGGAAGAAGGAGGAAAAGGAGAUGCAGGAUAAACGAGAGCAGAGGAGAAAGGAGAGGAGAGAGAGGCAGCUGGAGAAAGAAGCAGAAACCAAAAGAAAUAGAGAGGAAGCCAACGAAGAAGGGAAGGAAGAGGAAGAUGAAACUUCUGAAAAGAUAGAUGACAGAGAAGGACGAGAAAGGAAGACAAAUGAGAGUGAAGAUCCCAUAUCUGCUCAGCAAAAAAGUGAUGACUGUGAUAAAACUUCUUACUUAGCUGAUAGUGAAAUAGAAACAAAAACAUCAAAAAAGGAGGAGGAAAAAGACGGAGAAGCCGAAGAGGGGCAGGAGAGAGAAGCAGACAAUGAGGAAGAGGAUGAGCCAUCUAGGUCAUCUUCUAAAGUCAAAAAGAGGAAGUCGGAUAAGAAAAAGGACAAAGAGAGUUCAAAGAAACCUGAGGAAGACUUAGAUGUGGAGAAGAAGAAAGACAGAAGCAAGAAAAGCAAGAAGAAAAAGAAAGGAAACCAAGAUGGAGUUGUAUCAAACAGCGAAGAGGAAAAAAGCCCGGAGGGUGUGACCCAGCAGAACAUAACGUCUGCGUGGAGCAAAGGCAAACAGUCCAGUGAGCAGGGAGGAUACAGCAGUGAGGCCUCCAGCGAACAGGCUGCCAGCAUUCAGAGGAUAAAGAGAGAUUCCUCUUUAACUGAGCUCCAGCCUCCACCGUACCAACACGUGAGCUCAGGGACACGCAAGUCCUCACGCUCAGAACGAGGAGUCCGGAGGCCGCCGUCCCCGCAGCAAUCUGACAGCCCUCGCUGCUCCAGCGAGGCAAGCGUGGAGCAGGACACCGAGAGUUACCUCAACAAAGGCUGUGAGGAGGACAUUCCCAGUGACAGCACUGCUGUCCUGAGCCCAGAGGAUGGUUCUGGUCUCCGGCUUCCUUCGGCCUACGAGCCAGAGCCCAUCGCACAAUACGGCACGCUGGACGUCGCCUUCGAAUACGAUUCUUCUGAGCAGUGGUUGGCCGUCACGGUGACGGCCGCCACCGACAUCCCCGCUCUGAAACAGACGGGCAACAUCGCCUGGCAGGUCCACCUGGUCCUGCUCCCCACCAAGAAGCAGCGGGCCAAAACGGGCGUGCAGAAGGGUCCGUGUCCCGUUUUCACAGAAACAUUCAGGUUUUCCAGGGUGGAACAGGAGGCCCUGGGGGACUACGCGGUUCGCUUCCGCCUGUACAGCAUCCGACGGAUGAAAAAGGAGAAGGUCCUGGGAGAGAAGGUGUUCUACCUGACUAAGCUGAACUUGCAGGGGAAGAUCGCUCUGCCCGUCACCCUGGAGCCUGGCUCUGAACUUACAGGUUGUGGCUCUCUUGUAAGUGUGUCUCGUAGCGCAGGUGCUUUGUCCUACCGCUCCACCGAAGACUCAUCGCUGCCAGAGAUCCUCCUGGGUCUCAUUUAUAACUCUGCCACAGGACAGCUUUCUGCUGAGGUUAUACAAGGAAGCCACUUCAAAACUGCAGCUUCUGAUAAACCUGUCAACGGUCUGUUUUGUUGUGUGAAACACUUCGUAGGGGGACAGCUGUAUAUCAUGAGAGACACCUACGUUAAACUGACCAUGCUGGACUCCAAGGGCAAAGAGAUGUCCAAACGCAAGACGGCCGUGUGCCGCGGCCAGCCCAACCCCACCUACAAGGAGACGUUUGUCUUCCAGGUGGCGCUCUUCCAGCUGUCCGAGGUGUCGCUGGUGGUGUCCGUGUUCUGCAGGCGGAGCAGCAUGAGGCCCAGGGAGAGGCUGGGCUGGGUCUCCUUGGGCCACAGCAGCACCACCGAGGAGCAGCAAUCCCACUGGACAGAGAUGAGGGAGGCAGAGGGGCAGCAGGUUUGCCACUGGCACACUCUGACCGACACCUAG